AUGAACCUCUCAAUGAUGACACAACUACGACCACAACCCAAGCCCUCCGCUAUGACUUUACCUUGGAGCGAGCAGCCCCCCGACAAGAGGAUCCAGUAUGCGAUCCCUCAAUUGGAGGGCGAGCGCAUCACUAUCCCCGGAAGUAAGGGCGUCUUUCGGAUCUUGGCGUCUGCGAAACAGACGAAUGGGUUGAUGGCUGUUUUUCAGAGUGGUGCUGUUCUCUCUGACGCGCCGGGCUUUCAUUAUCAUAACCAUGCGCACGAUGUGUUUCUGGUCACGAAAGGGUUCCUGAAGUUGUGGAAUGGGGAUAAGUGUCGGAUUAUGGGUCCGGGGGAUUUUGCUUACGUGCCGCCGGUGAGUAGUUCCUCGUCGUUUUAG